AUGUAUCAGAGUACGUUGCAAUAUUUGAACAGCCAUAGAGAAAAGAUGUUGAAGAGCAUCAACAAUCAUCACAAUUCUUUUUCUAUGGAAAAUCUUCUUUCAAACGGUAAGAUUUCUCCAGAAAAUUUGGAUACUAGCAAAGAUUCCGAAGAAUUCAAAACUUCCCCUAAUCCCCACCAGCACAAGAUGGAAGAUGAAGACGACAGAUUAUCCCCGAUGUCUUCCGGUAGUUUGCAGGCUGACAAAAACGACGUUUUUCUACGGUUCAAUAGUUGUUUAAGAAAUAGGAUAUGCUCGAACUGUGGUAGAUUAGACUGCAAUUUUUUGCAAUGUAGACUCAGUGACGGUAUUAAAGAUUCUAAACCCGUAUUAAAGUUCAGUGUUAGUGCUAUAUUGGGAGACGAUAAACUUCAACAAAGAAAUAGUAAUAAUAACAAUGUCAAAGCAGAUGGAGCAUUGGUCUUAAUUCCUUCACAGAAUAGCAAUUCUUGUUCGCCAAAACCUGGUCCAUCAUCAUCCAAGGACAAUGAUUCUGAGAAAAUAGACUAUUAUUUAGCAGUAAGUUCACUCCAAGAAAAAACACCACUUAAGAACAAAGUAGUAAACAAAACUCCUUGUAGUAGCCCAUUAAAAGAUGAUUCAAUAGUUUAUUCUGAUCAACAAAGGCAAGUACAAAAUCAAGAAAAAACCCCACUUAAGCAGAUUACAACAUCAGAGAAUAAUAGUAAAUAUCCAACAUCUUUCAAAAAAGCAUUAUUUUGGCCGGAAAGCUCUACAAGGAAAAAAAAUAGCACAGAAGACACCAACGAAAGGAAAAAACCAAAGAUUUAUCCUACAGUAGCUAUAAGUGAUGAAUUUAUGGAACAUCAACGAAGACUCAAAAAAGAAAAAGAGGAAAAAGAAAAUGAGAAAUGUGAAAAUAAAGAAACCCUACCACAUCACGAACUUAGCGAUAUAUGCGGCCAAUCAGCCAUCAAAUCGGCUAGUAUUGCAGAAAAAAAGCAUUCUAAACAAAGUUCAGUGGUAAGUGCCAAAAGUGACAGCGAUGACUCAAUAAAGGAUAAAGAUUAUCAACCAGAUUUGGACACUGGUUCAGAUGAAAGUGGAAUGUCAACUCCAGUGUCCGGUACCCACUCGGCAGUUUUCCCGUUACCUGGCUCGUUUCCAUGGGCGCACAGCGGCAGGGGAAAGCCUCGAAGGGGCAUGAUGAGGCGUGCCGUCUUCAGCGAUUUACAACGAAAAGGGUUGGAGAGGCGGUUUCAAAUUCAGAAAUAUAUCUCCAAGCCGGAUAGGAAGAAACUCGCUGAAAAGUUGGGGCUUAAAGAUAGUCAGGUGAAGAUAUGGUUCCAAAACCGCCGAAUGAAAUGGCGGAACUCGAAAGAACGAGAACUUCUUGCAGCCGGAGGAUCCAGAGAACAAACUCUUCCAAACAAGAACAACCCUCAUCCCGAUCUAAGUGACGCAGACGGAGAUAAACCGAAGUUGGACCUUAGUGACAUGCAAGACAUUUCUCCUGCAGGUUCACCCGUUGACCACCAAAGGGAACCAUCUGGGAAUUCGGUCAGCUCUGGGCCAAUAAAUUACCAGAUGUAUGAAGGUAUGGACUAUGAGAGCUCGAAUGAUAGUGAUGAAGAGAUAAAUGUCACCUGA